GCGUCGAUGAAAUAGGUCGGACUUGCGACGCGCAUGCGAUGCGCGCGGCCGCCGGCAGCGAAUUCUCGGGCUCCGCGCCCGCUGCCCUCGCGGCCCAGCAGUCCGCACCCGCGGGCCCUAACGUCCCGGCCGGACUGAGCACCCAAGACGCCCCAGCGGGAGGGACCCGGAGGAGAAGGGCAGCCUCCCCUUUCGGUCCUGUCCGAUAUUAGCUUCCCAGAACGCUCUGGAAGAGACAGAACGGGAGAGCUGGAAACAGAGCCGAGAGAAAGGAAGAACUCCAUGCGAUUUUCCUCAUCUAAAAACCGCAUGAAGAUGAAAUCGGGGUUCGGUCGCGGGUGACGAAGAUACGGUUUCUGGUAGUUUUUGAAUGAGGUCUUCCAGGUGUGGGGGAAACUAGAGAAAGCAGCUACAGCUGAGAAUCACACACUCCCAGGAACUGCACUUCAGCCAGACACCUCUGGACCUUCCUCUACCUCCUCACAGCACCAUCUCCCCCUACUUGCUAUAUCCUUCCUCCAACCAAAUGAGUAACCAGGGUCCUCAUGGCUGAGGAGGAACUCCUCAAGGGGGCACAUUGUACCUUUAGAGGAAAGCCUGGCCAUUGUGGAGACCCAGACACACAUCUCUUCCAUCUUUCCUUUUAAAGGAAGCAGUAAGAGGUUCUUCAUGAGAAAAUGCUCCAACUAAAAGCUGGAAUGCAGCGACCCCUAGAAAAGGGACCUGCUGAGAGGAGAGUGGAUGGGCAGCAGACUCAGCCCGAGGAGGCAGGAUCCUCCUCUGUGUCCCACAGCGGGAAAUACCGUUCCUUGAUCCAGGAUCAGGCUCGAGAGUUGACCCACCUAAGGCAAAAGAUGAGGAUGGGGAGAGCUUUCUCUUCCCUUCUCAUCCAGCAUGUCAGGAAUACGGUGAAAACCUUUGAGGAGCUCCUUAGCAGCAAUAAAGUUGACCGCUACAUGGAACAGCACUUCCGUGAGCAGCUGACCAAGGGGAGCCUGCUGGCAGAGAGCCUUGCCAGCAAAUUCAGCACAGAUGACUGUACAAGUGAGAAGAAUCAAGCAAGACAGAUGCUGCGAACCCUCAGUAUCUUAAGGGAGAAGCAUAUGAAGGGUAAAGUGACGGAAGUCCUAAGGACCAUGCAGGAGGCCCAGCCCCAGACUCUGCCCCAGAUACACUCCAGCAACCGUGGCCAGUCUGCUGCCCAUCCGUCCUCCAGCAGCACCUCCCUGCUUCACGAAGAGCCAGAAGCAUUCCCUUCAGUGGAUGUGACCGAUGUCAGCCGGGCCACUCCUGCUGAUUCAGCUUCGUUGCUCAGCAACCAUCCAGAUGCCAGAUCUGCCCAGCCCUCCUACCCUCCAAGCGGCGCCACACAACUGAGCAGGAUGCCAGACCCAGGGCACCGGGGGAGCAGUGGCCCACGGGACGAGAUGCAGCCUCAGAAAAUGAAUGCGUCUGGGCAUCUAUCCUCCUUCUCCUCUUUGUACCGGCCCAACUCCAAGCCCUCUGGGGCUGACCUACUGGAAAAGAAUCUUGUGGAGAUCCAGAACCUGCGCCAGCGCCUGGAGGAGUCCAUCUGCUUCAAUGACCGCCUGCAGGAGAAGCUGGAACACGUGCUCAGCAGUGCUGACCAAGGAAAAAAUAACCAGGGAGUCACUAGCUGCGAACUGGAUCCCUGCUUAGCGCUCUCUCCCUCCCUUUCCCACUUCCAGCUGAAUGCACGACACAGUCUGCUCCAGGUGUCCCCCUGGCAACCCCUCAUCCUUACUCUCAGAGUCACUCUUCCGGCUCUGCCUAGGAUGUCUUGUGACAUGAUGUCUGGAUGGUCUAGAAGAAUAUUCUUCAGAACUUUUCCAGCCCUAUUCAACAGCAUUCUUGGCUGUGAACUUGGAGGCAUUGACAUCGACCUUUAAAUGAAUGGAUCAAAUUAGUAAAUUCUUAUUUAAAAAUUAUUGUCUAUAGGUAUUGAAUACAAAGAGUCAAAUUUGUGAGGAAAGGC